AAAUUUAAGUGUUUAGCUUUGUUUACAACCAAACUGCCACGGUGUUGUAACAUUAAUGUCCAGUAAAUAUGACCGGGAGACGAGGAGCUGGGAGCAGGUGCAUGUCCGACAGCUCUCGCCAGCUUUGACAAAUCGGAUGUUUAUGUCACGAAUCUUCAGCCUAUACUGCCCUCAGCCCACAAUGGCCUCGUCCUCAUCAGUUGGAGAUAAUCAACUGCAGAGGAUAAUCAGAGAUCUGCAUGAUGCUGUGUUGGAGCUGAGUAAAGAACACAAGGAGUGUGGUGAACCUAUAACGGAUGACAGUGGCAACCUGCACAAGUUCUUCUAUAAGCUGGAGUACCUGCUGCAGUUUGACCAGAAAGAGAAGACAACCUUCCUUGGCCAGAGGAAAGACUACUGGGAUUACUUCUGCGACUGCCUGAUUAAGAUCAAGGGAGCUAACGAUGGCAUCCGUUUUGUUAAGUCCAUCCCUGAGUUGAAGACAUCACUGGGGAAAGGACGGGCCUUCAUCCGCUACUCACUCGUUCACCAGCGUCUUGCUGACACACUGCAGCAGUGUCUUAUAAACCAGAAGGUCACAAGUGACUGGUAUUAUGCCCGGAGUCCUUUGCUCAAGUCUCACCUCACUGCUGACAUAAUCAACCAUCUCUAUGAGCUCAACCAGAUCCAAUUUGAUGUGGCGGCCAGAGGUUAUGACCUCGAUGCGGACUGGCCAAACUUUGCGAGGCGAACGUUAGGGCCGGCGUCAUCAGCUUUCCUGUGGAAGCCUCCCAGUCGCUGCUCCAGCAUCAACAGUCUCGUUAGCAGCUACUCACAUUCACAGGCGCACGAGUUUCUCCCAAUCCCCGACUUGAGUCACAGUCUCCUUGGUGACCUGGGGGAACUGGGGGAACCUUCUCCUUGCAACAUCGCAGAGAACCUCCGCAUUGAGCUCGAUCAGUCCGAGCUGAGACAGCAGGAACUGCUGGAACGGGUUCAGGAAUUAGGCAAAGAGGCUGCUGAGCUGAAAGGCGUGGUUAAAGACCUUCAAGGGCAGCUAUUAGCAGCUCAGAAGUCCUCUAGCCUCUCAGUGUCUACAGCAGCCAACCAAGAAACAGACAAUCAGGAGAGUGCAAAUCACCUUCAAACCAGUCGGGAAGCAAUAAACAGUGAACUUCAGGACAAACUCACAGCUGCUGAGAACAAAAAUAUGGAGCUUCUCUCCAAGUUGGAUGAGGCACUUAACGAAAAGGGACAACAAACGGCGAGCUACUGCGACUCAGCUUGGAAAAUCCAGGAACUCCUGGAUAAACUCAAAACAGCAGAGGAGGAGAGGCUGGAGGCAAAGAGAGAGGCUGAGGACAGGACCAGGAACUCUGAGCGUCUGUCCCAGGAGCUAAAACUCAGGGAAGAAGAGUUGAGGAACAGCGAGGAGAAGCUUGUCGAGGUAAAAGCCGGAGCCCAUGUUGAACGCGAGGAGGCACUCAAACGUCUUGAGGAGCUCCAAAGUGCAGUCAGCCGCAUUCAGGGGGCGCUGACUUUAAAAGAGAAGGAGACGGGGAACUUGAGAGCCCAGCUUCAGAAUCUCCAGGCGUCGCUGGAAUGCAGAGAACGGCAGGCGGAGGAGCUGAGGAAAAGACUUCAGGAGGAGAGGGACGAGGAAAAGCAGAGAUGGAGCAUGAGCAGUAGUCAGAACGAGGAACUUGAGAGCCAACUCCUCGAUAUAAGAAAAACUCUAAAAAACAGAGAGAAAGAGCUUGCUGUAAGUUCAGAGAGAAUUAAGCAUUUAGAGGAGCAGUUGGAGAAGCUAAACGCUGAGAAAGAAAGUCUAAGCUCCAGACUUGCUGAUAAUGAAGAUGUUUCCUGCGAUCAAACUAAGAACCUUGAAGACUAUAAAACCCAGUGCAGCAAUCUUGUGGAAAUAAACACCAAGCUACUCCAAACUAUCAAGGAGAGUGAGGAGAGUAUCACACAGCUGACUGAAAGCAGGGAAGCCCUGUUAGGCCAGCUAGCUUCUAUAAGGGCCUCAGAAAAGCACUUAAGGGGCAGAAUAGAGGCUGCAACGAUGUGUGUGGAAGAUAGGGAGAAGAAGCUUCUGGAUGAGAACCUGCAUUUGGAGGAGAGUCUCCAGAGGUCGCUCGUUCAGAACGAGGUUUCUGACGCUCAAUUAAAGAAGCUGGAGCAUGAGAACAAGGAGCUUCUCGAGGUUCAGUUGUCACUGAAGAAACAGUCAGCUACAUCUCAACAGGAAAUGGACUCGCUCACUGCCAAAGCCGCACAGUUGGACAAGAACCUCACAGUGUCCCAAAGAAGUCAAGCAGAGUUACUUGAAAAACUCCAGGAAACUGAGGCUAAACUGAGAGACCAGACGGUGAAAUGUGGACUUCUGCAAGCUAGAGCAGAGGAGCUGGAGAGCAGGACCACGGAGCUGCAUGAUGAAAAGGGAGCGGCAGAGAGCAAUGAAAAAAUGCUGAAGCUUCAUGGUGAGCAUCAGACAUCCUCAAUGGAAACCAAAGAGGCCCCAUUCAGGCUGGUUAUAGCCGAGGCUCAGCUGGAGCUCAACCUGAGGGAGGUGCACCGACUCCGGGAGGAGGUGGUGGAGCUCAGGGCCCAGCUUCUAGCAGGCGCUGAGGAGAGGAUGAAAGUUCAGGCACUGCAGGAGGUGACGGAGUCUUCCAGAGAGGACCUCCGUGUCUUAGCAGAACAACUCAAAGCCCAGGUGGAGGAGCUGAACCGCCGGCACGUGGAUGAGAUUCUCCGGUCCCGGGAGCGAGAGGAGGCUCUCAUCCGGGAGCGAGAUGGCGAGGCUCAGGCUCGAGCAGGUCUGGCUGCGGAGGUGACGGCCUCUAGAGAGGAGCUCAAUAAACUAAAGCAGCGUUAUGAAGCCUUGUGUAUGGAAAACACUGAGUCCAGGGAGGCACUUCAUAGAGCCAACACCGAAACAGCUGAACUCGGUGUACAGUUGUGUAUGCUAAAUGCUGAGAAAGAAGAGGCUCGACUCCGCUGGGAGGGCCUGUCGACAAGGCUGCAAGAGCUGGAGGAGGAGGCGACCGAGGAGGCUGAAAGGCUGAAUACCUGCAUAGAGCAGCUACGUCAAGAAAACCAGCGACUGCUUGAUCAGCUCCAAAACGAUGAGAGAUUGUUGGUAACAAGGCAGGAGCUGCAGCAGGAGCUGAGCAAGGCCCAGCAGGAGGCUGAAGCUGUGCAGGAGACAAACAAGGAGGAGAUUCAGGCACUGCGCUUCCAGCUCAGCAGCCAAGCCAUGAGCCAAGGCAGCCAGCUUCAGACUGUGCAGCAAGAGUUACACGAAGUGAAACUGCAGCUGACGACUGAGCAGGAGAAAGCAGUUGACCUGGAGAUCAAACUCAAACAGCUGGAGGCUGAGAACCAGAGAUAUUGCCAACAGAUUGAGGAGAAAAACAUCCAGAUGGCCGAGUCUGAAAAUCUCAUCCAGCAGAAAGAAGACGAGAUAAUCCAUCUGAAAGAGAAUUUAUCAAGGUCUGAGGAUGGUCUAACGGUGGCUCAGCGGGCCUGUCAGGAGAUGAGUGAAAAUCUGCGGAGGGUCACGCAGGACAAACAGAACAUUGAUCUUCGGACAGCUGCUGAACUUGAUGAUCUUUACCGUACCAAAAUCAAUUUGGAAGAAAGGCUUGUUGAACUCAUCAGGGAGAAAGAUGCACUGUGGCAGAAGACAGAUGCUCUGGAGUUUGAGCAGAAACUACGGGACGAGGAGACGGAGAGGGACGUCAACUAUUGUCUGGGCUGUCACAGCCAGUUCAGCUGGUGGCUCCGCAAGUACACCUGCAGACUGUGUGGGCGUCCCUUCUGCUACUACUGCUGCAGUAACACAGUCAGCACCCAGCAGGGCGGCAACAGAGAGCGCUGCUGCAGCGACUGUUACAACCAGCACAGUGCAGUGGUCGAGCGCCACCCACAGGAGGAAAUGACUAACAGCACUCCGGGGACGCCUUUCAGACGCUUGCUGCAGGCUGGGAGAGCUGUGACAAGUCUGUCAGGAGGUGAUGAAGGUGACAAGUUAGAAGAUGGUGUUUUUGACAUCAUCACAGAGGAGGAGGUGAGCGGGGUCUACGACAGCGACUCCCUCUCAUUUUCCACCGCUUGCUCUCCUGGACACGGACAGCAGGGGGCAGCACAGCUAAACAGCAGUGCCAGUGCAGAAAACAUCACAUCAGAAGAUACUGACGACGUGAGUUCUGCAGUGCAGGACGCAGAGAUCUGCCUGCUGAAGUCUGGAGAACUCACGCUCUCUGCUGGCUUCACGGUGGAUGACAUCUCCGCUUUUGGAGACAGCUCCCGAGAGCUCUUCAUCAAGUCCAGCUGUUACAGCACCAUCCCCAUCAUCAUGAGCGAGCCUGGUCCUACCGUCACCUGGACGUUCACCUCCGAACCGAAGAGCAUCUCCUUCAGUGUGGUCUACAGGGAGAGCACAGAGACUCCACUGGAGCAGGCCAAGGUCUUGAUCCCACUGACUCGCUGUAACUCCCACAAAGAGACCAUCCAGGGGGAACUAAAAGUCAGAAACCCCGGAGAAUACACACUCAUCUUUGACAACUCUUUCUCCAGGUUCAUCUCAAAGAAAGUGCUGUAUCAUCUGAGUCUAGACAAGCCUGUGGUCUACGAUGGAACUGACCUCCUGUGAGCGUGACGGGAAGCAGGCGUAAAACUGACUGACGAAUCCCUCUGGGUGUUUUCAGCUCACGUGCAUGGCUCGGAGUUGUCUGACGUUUAGCAUCCUCGUUGAAAGGUUACGGCAUUUCAAAGAGGUCUCUCUCAGCCAGCUGCUUAAUCACGACGUGUUGUAUAUCAGAAGACUGAACAGAGACUGAACAGAGACUGAAAAUGAUGACAGGUAACAAUCACUGUUGAAUGUUUGCAUGCGCUACCUUUUAUAAAAGCUUGACGAUGGUGUUAAGUGUAGCACUAAGGGUAUCAAACCUCACUCCUUCUGUAGGCAACUGGAGGGUUGCUGUAUAAUUGAAGAUUGAGUAUAUAUCUAGUCGGUCUUUAUAAAAAACAUCAUUAUUCUGUUGUAUUUAUUUAAUAGUGAAAUAAUUUGUAUUAUUUCUAAACGACAGUUAUUAUAAAGUGUUACUAUUGCUCCCCCACUAUAUCACUGCUUCUGUAAAGCUGCAUUUUUGCUUCAGUUCGAGGUGGAGUUGUUCAGUAAGUUGAGGUCUCAUUGUUUGCCUGGUCUCGUGAAGUUGGACUUCUGUCCCUUAAAAUGGGAAUAAUGUGCUCUCUAAAUGGUGACAAACGUGAAUUGCCACUGGGAAGGGGAAAUCCUUUAUCACGGUAUGUUUAAUUUUUUUGAUAUCAAUAUUUAUCAUGAUUUCAUGGAUUUUUCUGAAAAUCAACUGUGAAACCAUUUGUGGAUAAAAUAAGCAUUCAGACACGAAACAUAAAGGUACCUCAUCAAAUUGAUACAAAAAUAUAAUUAUAUAUUUAAAAAUAUACUGUUGCCAUAAAUCAUAUCCUGCUUAUCCAUAUUAUGCAUCACAUAUUAUGUGAUGCAUAAUGGACGGUUGUAAUUAAAAUCUCACCGUCACAGCAUCUAUCGUCAUAUCAUUCAACCCAAUUUUAUACAAAUGUUACAUGAAUGAGACAGGACUGUAAACUGAUGUUGGCAAGAAUUUUAUAGGGUAAGUUUUGUUGUUUUAGUUGCCUAGACUACUUAAAGUGUGAAAAAUGUACUCUGACCUUAACUGACUUUGUUUGACUACUGUAGCUUACAUGUAUCAUUAGAGCACUGUUCGAUGUAACUAACUCUUGAAAUCGGUGUGUUGAUAUCAUGCUGUUGUAGAAUUAGCUUUUGCUGGUGGACAAACUUGCUCCUCAUAGUAUCUAAUGUCCAAAGGAAAGUUGAGCAAAGCUCAUAUGUUACAGUAUCAUCAAGAUUGUUGCCUUUUCAGCUGUCAGAAAUUGAUUUGUUAUGUUGCAGUCGCGAUGAAGCAGGACUGUGAUAAAACCCUCACGCCGUUCCGUUUUAAUUGAUCUCCAGGAAACGUGCGUGCAGGGCGAUGAUUGCAGUAAAAGAAAGAUCAAGUUUUCUAUGCAUGUAAACACUAAGAGUGUGCACCUUUCCCCAACUUCACCUUCAGGGGUGAACGAAAGGGAACACGUAUACAAAAAUAUAAGUUCCAGUGCUUUAAAUCUUUAGUUUUUACUUCCAGCCUAACUUGAAUCAUCACUCAUGUUUUGACAAGCGAUGAUUUAGUUUAGUGAAGCCGGAUGACAUUUUGUCUUAAGAUACAUAAAGCCUUUAGAUGAUUUUUGGACAAACAAUCAUAUUAAGACUACAUUUUAUUUAUUUAGGCUUUUUUGUAGAUGUAAAGAGAUGUUUCUUCUGUUGCUGUGUGAUGUUACUAAGGAAGCUCUGCAGUGUGUCGAACAGAAACAGUUUGAUUCUCAGCAUACGGCCUUCAAAUAAUGAAAGUCCAAAAUCACUUUUGUACUUCAGGUUGUCUUAUGUGGAUUUUUUUAUUUGAGGGCUUUAAUGUUGAAAUCAACCUUUUAAUACUUAAUCACUGGUUGUUUUGUGAGUGAAUAUACUGACUUGAAUAAACUGAAACGCUGCGUUGCUAUUCAGAGAAUUUACGAAACUCCAAAAUGUCUUCCGCUAUUUUAAAACCAUGUCGUUACUUAUAUUUUGAACAUGACAGGAGGAAGAAUGUUGACACUUUUUAUACAUAUCUGAAUAAGAAGAGUGAUAUAUUGCCAAAUAUAUUGGGGAAACAUAUUUGUCUAUUUUAUUGUUUCUAUUUGAAGGCAUUGCAACAUGACUGCUGUAUGAUGCACUUUGGAAAGGGCUUUUUGUCAGUCUUUAUCCCAUGAGCCUUUGUGCCAGUUGAUGAAUGUUUUUGUUUUUUUCUUUUGAUUUGUGUCUAGUUAGUGUGUGAAUGUAGAUGUUUGGAUCUGUCAGAGGGACUCUUUGGCUCUCUGACUUAACCUGUAAAAGACUGUUGACAAAUGUUUUAUUGAAAUAUCAUUUACAUUCUAAAGAUUUAUAAUAGAAUGGAUUUAAGAUUGUGGAUAAAUAAAUGAGGAUUGUGUGAUAAC